AUCCCGGUGAGGGAGGAGACAGGAGGUGAUCCUCAUUCUCGGUUCCAGGGCUCGGCUCCACGCGCACAGAUGAGCGCUGCGGCGGAGACAUGCUCGGCUUCGCGUUAGUGGCUGGCUCUGUCUGGGUUGUGUUAGAGCUCAGCUCCACGCUUAUGGAGAAGAUGCAGUCUCGGGAUCUGCUGCUGGGUCUUCAGCUUCCUGAGCUGGAUGAUCUGGGUCAGUUCCUGCGCUCUCUGCCCACCUCGGCUCUGCUGGGUCUGGGUGCCCUGACCGCUGUGCUGACCUACUGGAUCUCCACCCGGCCGCGGCCCAUCACACCACCCUGCGACCUCCGGCUCCAGUCACAGGAAGUGCAGAAGGAGGAUGGUGCUCGAAGGUCCAUGAUGGGCGACAGCUCCACGCUGCUCUCGUAUUAUCACGAGGACGCCAAGACCCUGUACGAGGUGUUCCAGCGCGGCCUGCACAUCUCCGGUGACGGGCCGUUCCUCGGCUCCAGACUCCCAGAUCAACCCUACACCUGGCUGUCCUACAGAGAGGUGUUGAGCCGCGCUGAGCUCCUGGGCUCCGGUCUGCUGUCUCAGGGAUGUCAGUCUAGUCCAGAUCAGUUCAUCGGGGUGUUUGCACAGAACCGGCCCGAGUGGAUCAUCUCGGAGCUGGCGUGCUACACGUACUCGAUGGUGGUGGUGCCUCUGUACGACACGCUCGGACCCGACGCCAUCCGCUACAUCAUCAACACAGCGGAGAUCUCCACAGUGAUCUGUGAUAAAGCAGAGAAAGCGGCGGUGCUGCUGGAGAAUGUUCAGAGAGGAGAGACGCCGUGUCUGAAGACCAUCGUCCUCAUGGAUGUGUUUGAUGCUCCGCUGCUGGAGGAGGCUCAGAAGAGCGGCAUUCUCAUCCGCUCGCUCCGAGACGUGGAGGCUCUGGGUCGAGAGAACUACAGGAAACCUGUGCCACCCGGACCAGAUGACCUGUCCAUCGUGUGCUUCACCAGCGGAACCACGGGAAACCCGAAGGGAGUGAUGCUGACCCACGGGAACAUCAUCGCAGACUUCGGCGGCUUCUUGAAAGUGACAGAUAAGGUGAUCUUUCCGAACCAAGACGACGUUCUCAUUUCCUUCCUGCCUCUUGCUCACAUGUUCGAGAGGCUGAUUGAGGCGGUGGUCAUCUGUCACGGCGGGAGGAUUGGCUUUUUCCAAGGUGAUAUCCGUCUGCUUUCGGACGACAUGAAGGCUCUCCGGCCCACCAUAUUCCCAGUGGUCCCUCGACUCCUGAACCGCAUGUAUGACAAGAUCUUCAGUCAGGCUAACACUCCUCUGAAGCGCUGGCUGCUGAACUUCGCAGCGAAGAGGAAAGGGCUGGAGGUGAAGCGCGGCGUGAUCCGCUGCAACAGCGUCUGGGACAAGAUCUUCUUCCACAAGAUCCAGGCCAGUCUGGGUGGCAGGUUACGGAUGAUCAUUACCGGAGCGGCUCCUGCGUCUCCGACCGUGCUGGACUUCCUGAGAGCGACGCUGGGCUGUCAGGUGUACGAGGCGUACGGUCAGACGGAGUGCACCGCUGGAUGCACCUACACCACCCCUGGAGACUGGACGGCCGGUCAUGUAGGCGCUCCGCUGCCCUGUAAUCUCAUUAAACUGGUGGAUGUGGCUGAGAAGAACUACUUUGCUGCUAAAGGAGAAGGAGAGAUUUGUGUGAAAGGCCCAAACGUGUUCAAGGGUUAUCUGAAGGAUCCUGUGAGGACGGCUGAGACGCUGGACGCAGACGGAUGGCUUCACACUGGAGACAUUGGCAAAUGGCUGUCGAACGGCACGCUGAAGAUCAUCGACAGGAAGAAGCACAUCUUCAAGUUAGCUCAAGGAGAGUAUAUUUCCCCGGAGAAGAUCGAGAGCAUCUACAUCCGCAGCGAGCCCGUGUCUCAGCUCUAUGUUCACGGGGACAGCCUGCAGUCGUGUCUGGUGGGAGUCAUCGUCCCCGAUCCUGAGGUCUUACCCUCCUGGGCUCAGAAGAAGGGCUUCGUGGGAAGCUAUGACGAGCUGUGUGGAAAUAAAGAACUGAAGAAAGCCAUUCUGGAGGACAUGGUGCGUUUGGGAAAAGCCAGUGGUCUCCAUUCAUUUGAACAGGUUAAAGACAUCCACAUCCAUAAGGAAAUGUUCUCCAUACAGAACGGAUUGCUGACCCCCACUUUAAAGUCCAAGAGACCGGAGCUGAAGCAGUACUUCAAGACAGAAAUCGAGCAGCUGUACAGCAACAUCUCCAUGUAGUCUCUCGUCUCCAGCAGAUGAGGACGCUCCAGCAUUCCUUCACUAUUUGUUCUUCUUCAUUGAAAACUAGCUGGCACUAAACGCUCCGAACGAGCCACGGGCGUCAGGGCCGAGCAUGAGCUUUACUCGAUGAAAGAGUCAUUAAACGAGUAAUUCCCCUUUGGCUGUGAAUGUCAACGGUUGGUGUGCCUUUAGAAAUGUGGCAGAGCUGCAACCAAAUCCAGUCUUCCUCCAAAAGCGGACACGUCCCAGCUAGCAUGCAUGCUUCAUUCAUCUCUGGUGGGCCGAGGAGGGCAAAGGUCACCCGUGUACAUUCAUCUUUCCUUUUUUAGGAGUCUGAAGGGAAUCGAUUGGCAAAUCCAGCACAUUUCAGGCUGUAAGCCAUGCAUGCUGUGUGCCGGCGCUCCAUGUUUGACAUUCCCAGCCCCUUUGAGACAUUUUACAUACAAACCUCAUGCACAACAAUCACAUAGGAUGCUUGUCUAGGUAGUAAAGCUCUACAAAUGUGUCUCACUUGAUCAAAGUGAGCACAUCACACAGUCUUGGGCUCAAACUACUAGCUUUUCAGUUCCUUUCCAUCCCAAAGUUUUCAGUAGUAGUGUAAAUGUUGAAGAAAACUAGAUGUGAAACUAUUUAAGCAACGGUUUGAAGUGUAGAGAAACCAAUAAGAUUUGAAUCUGUUCAUGAAUGAUAUCAGAGCUUUAUCUUUGUGUUUCAUGAGGGGAUAUGAAUGGGGAUGAAUCUGCAGAGAUGUUUGUUUAAAUGCAUUCCCCUUUUGUAGGCCUUUUCAGUCCGUCUGUUCGGCCUAUGUUAUGUUUUUGUCUGUUUGCUGAAAUGUUAUUGACUUAUUAGCUAAUUUAAUGAUCAGGGUUAUUCCAUUAUUCAUUAUUUAUUACCAUUAUUAGAAGUUAUUCUCCAUUUGGAAGCUCUUUAUGCUUCCUGUAUUUUCUUAUGAAUCCACGAAGUGUACAUUCUCCUGAUUGAGCGGUCAGUAAAAGGCCAGACAGCAGACCGAAGAUCGAAGCCCAGUGUCUGUCAUCAUGACGUCUUCAGUCUCUCACUCAACACAGUCUGAACAUGUCAAAUUUGGAGAAAAAAGAAAGAAAGAAGAGAUUUUCCCAUGGUUUUGUCCAGCGGUUGUUUGUGUUUUGGUUAUUGAAACAGUUCACUUGCAUCUUUUCCUGAUAAUGUAGUCUUUUAUGAGCAUGUAAAUCUCUGCAUAUACAAAAAUAAAAUAGUGAUGAGUGUGUACAAAACGUAAAAAUAAAGAAGAAUUCUUUGUAAUUCUA